AUGUCGUACACGGCUAUAUUGCAAAAUGUGGAGUGGGCUUGCAAAGUGCAAACGUGGAACGGCCAAACUGUGUUUCAUUUGGCAGCCCGUUAUGGUCGGAUAGACGUCCUGGAGACCGUCGUUGAAGCGGUUCGUUUCAACCCUGCCGGGCCGGAUAAAUGGACGAAGCUGUUACGAAUGGGCCACUCCACGGAAGCCCUUCUGCGCGCCUUUGUCAACUUCCAGGAUGCGCGAGGCCAGACGCCGCUGCAUCUGGCGUGCAUCUACGGGCAUCAUGAGAUGGCGGAGAGGCUCCUACAGCUGGGAGCCACCCCAUGGUCCUGGGAUGAGCUGGGCGGUCGCACUCCGCUCCACUACGCCGCCUCCAUGGGCCAUGUGGAUGUCAUCCGGGUCAUCAUCUCACACAACGCACCGGGCCCCGCCGGCGAGGCGCUGAGGCGGCCCAACUCCCCCCGAACACGCCUAGUGGACAUCUGCAACGACUCGGGUUACACGCCUCUGCACUACGCGGUGUGGGCGGACAACCCCGCGUCUGUGCGUGCGCUCACCUCGUACGAGGCGUCGCUGUCGGCGCGCAACGUGGCGUGCGGCAGCGACUGGGUGGUCUCGUGUCUCAAGUGCACGCCGCUGCACCUGGCGGCCCACAAGGGCAACCAGGCCACUGUCAAGCUGCUCCUAUCCGCGUAUGUGCAGUACCAGCCACCGCAACGCGCAGAUGCUCCCGCAAUCACCGACCGCCGCCGCCGCGAUCCGCGCCGCCACGUUAACGCCAACCGCCAGCUGCCGUACCACGUGGCCGUUGCGCGCAACCACACCCACCUUACGGAGAUGCUCCACCCUGAUGUGCCCUUCUCCUUCAUUCUUUCCCCCUCGGAGAUGGAGUCCCGCCUGUACGGCGUACCGAAGCUCGCGGCGCUGGCUGCUAAGACGCUGCAGGCCAAGCUAGUCGCGGAUAUUGAGGAGGCGGUGGCCGCCAUGGCGGCGGCGACGGCGCGCGGGACGGUGACAUCGCUCGCCAGCAACGGCGGCGCCGGCAGCCUCAGCCGGAUGAGGUCGGGCGGCCUGGCGGCACUCUCCGAAGCGGUCGUGGCCGCUGCUACGGGGCAGGCCGCCGGCAACGCCGCCGCGCAGCAGGUGCUGGCGGCGGCGACUGCUCGGCUUCGUUCCCCGCCACCGACCUCCGCCGACCGCCCGCCCGCCACCACGACACCAUCAUGGCCAAUACCAGUUGCGACUGCGACAGUGCACCUACCGGGCCCCGCUGCUGCAGCUGGUGGUGAUGGUGGUGGUGGUGCUACUGCUACUGCCGUUGUCACCGGCGGCACUGGCGGCAAAUCAUUGGCGACGUCUGACAAGUCUUCUGCAACCUCUGGCGCCGACUCGGAAAGGGAGGCGCUGUCCCUAGGGCCCCCACCGGAUCUCACCGCGCGGCCUACGACAGUCACUGAUGACUGCGCCGAAGCCUCUACUCCGGCCGCGCUGCCGCUGCCACUGCCGCCCGCACCCAUCUCGCCCUUCCUGCCCGCUACCCCGCCCUCCAUGGCACCUGGGGGCGCUGGGGGGGCAGCCACCGGCACACCGGCUGGCGGCGGCGGACGUGGGCCCACCUUCAAUGAGGGGGCCUCCGCCUUCGCCUUGUUCGCAGCGGAGCCCUUCGAGGAAUCAGCAGCAGCAGCAGCCGGGGGCCCCGGCGGUGCUGCCGGCGCGAGCGGCGGCGGGUCCCAAACCCUCCAGCCCGCCGGCAGCAACUCCGUCAGCUUGGCGGUGCUCGCACGCAAUCGCGCCGCCGCCCAGCAGGCCGCCGGCAGUGGAGCGUUGCUGCAGCCCGCGGGCAGUAAUUCAAUAAGCAUUGCCGUGCUGGCGCGGAGCAAGUUGGGAAAUGGUGACGGCGGCGGAAAUAAGGGUACGCCCAGCCGCCGGCCCAGACUGCGUGCGCUGUUGAAGGGCAGCAGGGACCGCCGUGCCAAUAAUGCGAAUGGCAACGGCGGCGGCGGCGCCCAGCCGCCCUCAACAUUGGCUGUGGGGCAGCAGCAGCAGCAGCAGCAGCUGCAUACACAGUCGUCGAUGGAUGACCUAGAAGCCGACCCAGCGGACGUUCUGGAUGACCUGGAUGACAUCCUAAACGCAAUGCAGCCGCCUGCCGAGGAUACGGAACGCACCAUCACUGCUAUCGGCGGCGGGGCAGCGACCGGGGCGGCGGUGGCUGCGCUGUCACAGGCUGCGGCUCCGCUGGGGGCUGUCGAAGACGCGGUCACAGCCGCAGCGCUGUCCAGCACUCGGCCUUCCGCCUCGCAGGCAACACCCCCGUCGGCCCGCGGCCGCGGCUCCAGCUUGGGCGACCGCGCCCGGCCCCUCUGGCGAAGGUCGUCCACAUACACACUGGUACGCGCGUCGUCGGGCACUGAGGACGCCAAGCCAACACCGCAGCCUGCACCGCAAGCUCUCAGAUUUCCGCACAACGGCUCCUUGCAAGCCAGCAUGGGCGCCAAUACCAGCACCGCGCCGCCUGAGGUUUUGCAGCCCAGUGCGUCCAGGCGUCCGGCUCGUGUGCCCUCCCUCCCGUUGCCGGUGCCGCCCGGCGUCAUCGAGUCGCGUGCAUCGACAGAGGUUUCGGAGGUGGAUGUGACGGUCGUGGCGGGCCGGGGAUUCCCGCCACCUGCCACUCAGCCGGCGGCUGGCAUCACGCCAAUCGAUUCAGUCGACGAAGACUCUAGUAACGCGGUGGUGUCGUCCGGCAUUGGAUCUUGGUCUUUAAGGCAAAGGUCCGUCAGUCUGGCGGCGCUAGCGCGCGGCGGCGCAGAGGCGGUGCUGCCGUCGCCGCCGCAGCAGCCUGAGCAAGAGCAGGUCGACGGCGCUGUGCUGGCGAUGCUGGCGAGUCUGGUGGAGGCGCCGCAAAACGUGUUGCGCCGCUACCGGCUGCUCCAGCUGACCCACGGUCUGGAUCUACAGGACCUCCUCCGGGACCAUUCGGAGCAGGCGGCUGGGGCGGCUGCGUCGGGUCCGGGCCCAGGGCCAGUUGCAGGCUCAGCGCGUCCUUCGGGAUUGGAGGGGUCGCUGCAUCAGAGCUCAUCGCUUCAUUAUGGGGGUGCAGGCCUUGGACGUGUGCCGUCUGCGCGGUGCCCUGCACCUGGCGACGGCGGUGACGGUGGCGGGGGUGAGGACGGCCUGUACCGCAGCACCCCCCCGGCGGCCGCGGUGGCGACGGCCAUUUCCGGCGUGGGCUCUGUCGGCGGCGACGGCCGUGUGUCCAUAGACGCGGGAUGUGGCUCGAGCCCUCGACAGGCGCCACCGCUACCGCAGCCCGUCACUUUGACUUCCCCAUUUGCGCAGCAGGUUUCCCUCACAACGGCACUGACUGCCCGACCGCCCCCCGGGACAGGGCUGAAUGUCGGCGGGAGUCAGGCCUGUGCAGGUACAGGUACAGGCGGUCCGCCGGCUAACGCUGUGUCCGCGAAUUUGGCUGGGCAGCUGCUGCGGACGCUGUCGUCGGCGGCGGCGUCGGAAAGCGGUGAGGGUACGUGUGGGGUGUGCUUCGACCAGCCCGACGUGCUCAGCAUUUCGAGGUGCGGCCACCGUUUGUGUGCAGACUGCAGUCGGGAGCUGUGCAAGCUGAACACACUCAAGCCGGCGCUGUGUCCCUUCUGUCGGGGCAUGAUUGGGGGGUUCAAGUACAUGGGGCGCAGCUAAAGCAGAGAUGGGAACGUUUAGAAGCUUUAGAAGCUUUGGAAGGGUGCUGCGUGGCUCGGGAGGUGUUGCGUUCAUCGUUGGCGGGAAGAUGUAGGGCAUGGAGGACGGCAGGUAGCAGCACCUUUAGAGCGGGUCCACCGCCAUUGACGCCAGCCGGUUCGGAUCGGGAUUGAUCGCAAGCGGGUGUCGGUUUUCCGUUGAAGUUGCUUGCGAACACAUGCUGUUGUCAUUUGUGGGUCGUGUCGUGUGUGACGUGUUUUGCCGAGAGGUAUUCGUCAAAUUACCCCCUCCAAUUAACCCCCGAGCUCAUGUCUAAU